CAAAAUUGACAACUUACACCGUUUAACCACCAGAGGCUCCCACAUCACUAUCAAUCAAUAAAACAUCUGCGUCACUUCAAAGCCUGGACCACAAAUAGCCAGUGACACUUCUCACUUUCCCUUUUGUCUGUAGAGCAAUAGCAGUAGUUUUUAACUGAGACAUUUAGCAUGAUUUACCGAGUAAGCCAAUUAUAGCUUUUUUCCCUUGUUAUAAAAAGUUUUACCCGAAGGCUUUGUUAGCCAAAUACUUAAAAGAACAUGUUGAAAUAAUCUACAUUAUAUAUAAAUCUUAAUACUCAGUCUAAAUAUUUAGUAUGAAAGCUCGUUCAUAGUCAUGUCAAUCACAACACAAAGUCAAGAGCAAAAGCGGCAGCUUACCUCACUCCUGGGACUGUUGUUUCGGUCAGAGAAACAAAAUACGAAUCCUUCAACAAGACUUUCAAGCUUCAGACACAGAGAAACAUUAAGGAUGCUGAAAAGCAAAAGGAGAAGAUGAAAGGACCCUAAUGGAGGAGUUUUCCAUAUUCCUACCCAGAUCUAGCCCGGACACACGUCCAUAAACUGAACAACCAUAAAGCCUUUUAUUAUCAGGAUAAUGUCUUCCCCUUAGAUCCUUUAUUAUUGAAAUAUGACCGGACUCUUCUCUUUUGUCCCAUGAUUAGCAGCAAGCACAUGCAUUUCUGAUUACCCGAGGUGUGAUUUUCUUUCUCACCUAGUUACAUAAGCUUUUAAAUGAAUGCUUUUGUGCAGGUCCAUCUUUGGUGAUGUUAAAAGUUAGAUGUGAACUUCAUUGGUCAAAUGGUUUGGAAAACAGUUUUGAUCUCUUAUUAUCCACAUUACCCCUGUGUCAGCACUAAAACAGCCCCUCUGGGCGGCCCAGACUGCUAAUCUAUUUCCGCAGAGAGGAGUCAAUGGCACAUGGGACUUGGAGAAUUAAGACGUAGGAAGCUUUUCUGGCCCCUCGGGGAUGAGAUUAUAGAGGAAGGAAGCUCAGAACAGACCCACGAAUCGCAUCAAGUUCAAACGCUGAAGCUGUUUAUGACACAGUGGACCAUCAUUUCUUCAGACGUAAAUAUAGACUCCAGGGUUGUCUGCUAAAUUAAGCAGGAUGAAUGAAAGGACUAAAUUAAAUGAUUACAACAGCAACAACAGACAUCAAGGGGGUUGGGCACUUUUUCACCGUAGUAACUGUUCCCCCUGACAACGGUGGAGAGUGACAAUUAUAUUCAGGGUCCUUCAGUAAACCCAGGUUUCCCUUGCUCACUUGGCUCCAUUGAGCACCUGGGACGGCUGGGAACGCUGCCUGCACGCGGGGAGGACCGGGAGCUGCUGAAGGCGCACAGAGGACAUUUUGUGGUGGGCCUUUUGAGAGCUGGUCUUGGUGGAUCUGCUCCUGGUUAGGGGUACCAGGACAAGUGGCUCACUAGUUCAUCCUUUCAGCAUGGGGUCUGGCUCCUCCUCUUAUUCUCCCAAAACCAUCUAUUUGGACGUAGAUGGUAAAGUUCAGAAGGUGCUUUUCAGUCGUCACUGCAGCCCAUGUGAUAUCAAAGAACUGCUGUGUUCCUCCUCCAACAUCCCUAGGAACACUGCUAUAAUGAUGGUGGACCCUGAAGGUGCACUUGUGUCCAUUGAUCCCACAAUGCCUACCAACACCCCCAACUCCCUGUACAAAGUCAUUCCUCUGUCUACAGGCCAACUGGGAGAAAAGGAAGAUAUGUUUCAGAAUGUGCUCUCACAGGUAGCAGAGCAGUUCAGCAGAGCAUUCAGGAUCAACGAACUGAAAACGGAAGUGACCAACAGACUGGCUAUGCUGGAGAAGAGAGUAGAACUGGAGGGGUUGAAAGUCGUGGAGAUCGAAAAGUGUAAAAAUGAUUUGAAGAAGCUGAGAGAUGAGAUGACGUCCAGAGCAGGAGGAAGAGUGAAUUGUCCAUGCAAAUACAAUUUCUCAGACGACGGAAAGAAAUUAACUCCUAGACGUGAUGUCCCCAGCUACCCAAAGUACACGCUUUCUCAAGAGACCAUUGAAGCGCUGAAGAAACCAACUUUUGAUGUUUGGCAUUGGGAGCACAAUGAAAUGCUGAGCUGCCUGGAGUACAUGUACCAUGACUUAGGCCUCGUGAAGGAGUUUAACAUGAACCCAAUUACUCUGAAACGCUGGCUGCUGGGCAUUCAGGAAAAUUACCGUAGCAACCCGUUCCAUAAUUUCCGCCAUUGUUUCUGCGUGAGUCAGAUGAUGUAUGGCAUGAUCCACCUCUGCAACCUCCAGGAAAAGCUCACGCUGACAGAUCUGGGCAUUUUAAUGACUGCUGCCGUGUGUCACGACUUAGACCACCCUGGAUACAACAACACGUACCAGAUCAAUGCUCGCACUGAGUUGGCAGUGCGCUACAAUGACAUCUCGCCCCUGGAGAAUCACCACUGCGCUGUGGCCUUCCAGAUACUCUCACUGCCAGAGUGUAAUAUAUUUGCAAACGUGGACCCAGAGGCUUUUAAACAGAUCCGACAGGCUAUCAUCACACUGAUUUUAGCCACGGACAUGGCCCGACAUGGCGAGAUUCUGGACUCGUUCAAGCACAAAGUGGACAAUUUUGACUUCACCAAUGAGGAGCAUGUGACUUGUCUGAAGAUGGUUCUUAUCAAAUGCUGUGACAUUUCCAAUGAAGUCCGGCCUACAGAGGUGGCAGAGCCGUGGGUGGACUGUCUGCUGGAGGAAUAUUUCAUGCAGAGCGAUAGAGAGAAAUCCGAGGGGCUUCCUGUGGCACCCUUCAUGGACAGAGACAAAGUCACAAAGCCCACAGCCCAGAUUGGCUUCAUUAAAUUUGUCCUCAUCCCAAUGUUUGAAACGGUCAUGAAGCUCUUCCCUCAGAUUGAAGAAAUUAUGGUACAACCUCUUAGAGACUCACGGGACCACUAUGAGGAGCUGAAGCAAAUUGAUGAUGCCAUGACCGAGGCACAGAAGAAAAAAACAGAAAAUAUGUCAUUAGGAGGGAAGAAGAAAUAAGCAAUGCUGUGAGCAUAAUGAUAAUGUGAGUCUUAUUUUUGACCCGUCUCCACUUUGUGGACAGAGUUCCGGUGUGAGGAUCUGUGAGACGCUGGGCUGCUGUCGAAGACAGCUGGUUUGAAUCCACCGAAUCUAAAGGGUCACCUGAUUGAUUCAUGAAGUCACGAGUCGCUUCCUUUUGCCAACAGACUGCUAGGCCUGUCUGAUUAUUUCUUCAGUCACUUAUAAAGCCUUUUCGGCUGAUAUGGGCAUAUAUGUUUAUCACUGCAGUUUUAAUCUUGUUUGGUUGGUUUUUUGUUCUAUUUUAUAGUCUUUAAUGGACAAAUUGCAUGUACGUACAUAGUAUGUCAUCUGAAAGUUUUGUGAUCCCAAAGCAAUUAGGAUACCGGAUUACAGCAUGACGUAUAACUGUAACUAGUGCCUUUUGAAAAUGUGUUUUGAUGAUUAUAAAAGGUCAGCACGAUAUGAUACUGUUCCUUUUGUCAACUGUUUCUCUUCUGAGUUCCUCUACAACACAGAAGUUCAUUUUAGGUGGUUUUGUGGUGAGCACAAUACCAGUGUAAAUCACAAUAUCAGCUUUUAAGGAACCCGAGAACUCCCUUUGCAGUGUUUUGAUUCAGUUUCCCAUUUGGUUAUUGAGGUUUAAAAUCAAUACAUUUGCUCUAGAACAUCCUUUCAUUAUAUGGAUAUUAUUUACUUAGCCUCAUGUCAUUCCAAACCCAUAAGAUCUUUAUCUUAUAAAUAUCUUUUGAUAUUUCUGAGGAAAAUCCGAGAGCUUUCUGAUCCUGCUUAGACAGUAAUGCAACUGACACGUUCAAGGCCCAGAAAAGAACUAAGGACAUUGUUAAAAUAGUCCAUGUGACAUCAGUGGUUCAUCUGUAAUGUUAUGAAGCUACGAGAAUACUUUUUGUGUUCUGAAGAUGAACAAAAGUCUUACGGGUUUGGAACGACAUGAGGGUAUUUUUGAAUUUUAAGUGGACUAGCCCUUUAAAAAUAUCUUUUUAGUAUUCCACAAAAGAAAGUCAUACAGGUUUGGAACAACCUGAAGUACACCAUGCCUUUAAAUGAAUCAAUUUCUUCUUUUGCCAUCUGAAAAGUCAUGAUAUUCACAACACCAGAAGUCAUACCUGCUAACCACGUCCAGUAUUUCUACCGUGUGGCUCCGUGUUGUUCUCUGUAUCCUAUUUGCUCUGGUUUGCUUCUAAAACU